AAAAUAUCAACAUCAUGUUUUGAUUUAAAAAAUAGAGCGGAAAAGAGUGGAAUCAGCAAGGAAUAAACUAAACAGGCAUGUAGUUAAGACUUUAAAUUGUAUAGAAAUGCAAGAAAAUCAGACAUUUCUUCCAAAUUUUAAAGAGAAAAUGCAUAAAAUAGCCAGGACCAAAUGGAAAAAUACAAGCUCUUUGUGAACCAUUAACGAUCCAAUGCAGUGUGACAUUGAUGAAUGGACGAACAAACACAGUGGAUUAAUGGACAAAAUAAUCGUAAGCAAUAAUCAAAUUAUUCCAAAGCGAAAUAUGUCGAGGUUAAAAAUACACCCAAAGAUUGGUUUGAACAACCGCGAAAAACUUUCCAGAUUUAAAUCUGUCAGUUUAACGACUCGGACAGAGACGUCGAAAACUUGCACUAGACCCAUCUGCGCUGUAUCUGAUAGGAAGGAGCUGAAUGAGGAUUUACAAAAAUAUGGAUGGAUUUAUCCAGAUAAUGUAAGACGAAGAUUGAACUAUGAACUCUUUGACAGGGA